AUGGCAAACGUUGGGGCUAUUGAUAAUUUUCAUUUUAUCCGGAGUAGCGAACACAAUUUAAAUGUCCAGGUUAAAAUUGGAACGUUGGAAGGGCAGAUAACAAAACCUACUCACAUCGAACUGCUAACUGAUCCGUACUUAUAUUUUACUGGAUCAUAUCAGGAUCGAGUGCCAGAUCUGUACGUGUCAUGCCAGCUAUAUUAUAAUGACACUCCGAUGGCUACGCCCAUUAAGACGGCUUACAAAACAUUUACCAGGAGAUGGAAUUGGAAUGAAUGGCUGACACUCCCUCUCAAGUACAGCGAGCUGCCUUUGGAGACGGUACUAGCUUUCACUAUUUGUGACCUUUACAACUCAGAGAAGAUUAUGUUCAUCGGUGGCACCUCUAUCAAGCUCUUCAGUAAGAAAGCCUUGGUGAGGCAGGGCAUGUAUGACUUGAAGGUGUGGCCUAAGAAAGAGGGCGACGGCAGAUGGAACAAUAAUUCAACACCUGGCAAACUGAAGAGUAAAGAUGAUGAAAUGAGUAGACUGGCCAAGCUGACGAAGAAACACAGUAACGGCCAGAUUCCGAAAAUUGAUUGGCUGGAUAGGUUGACGUUCAGGGAGAUCGAACUAAUCAACGAACGUCAAAAGCGGGAAUCAAAUAUGCUAUUUUUAAAUGUGGAAUUCCCCAGGUUCCAUAUCAAUGAUAUCCCGUACGCAGUUGCUUACUUUGAGCCGGGUGCAGACGAGGUCUUGAAUCUUGAAGCGGAGGGCGACCUUUGCACUCUGUACGACCCUGAACUUGGAAUGGACAAUUUGGUGGAGGAGAAAUUUUAUAGGCUAGCUCGAAGUCUUAAAACUGGAUUGACCGACCGAGAUCUGAAACCAAAUGCUGCAGUCAGGGAUAGACUGAUGACUCUGGUAUUGUACCCGCCCACUACCACGCUAACAUCUGAAGAUAAAGAUCUCAUUUGGAGGUUCCGGUUUUAUCUGUCAUCUCAAAAGAAGGCACUGACGAAAUUUGUUCGAUCAGUUCAGUGGAAAAUAGAGGAGGAAGUUAAACAGGCCCUUGAUCUUAUAAACAAAUGGGCGCCAAUGGACAGUGAGGAUGCAUUGGAGUUGCUGUCAACGUCAUUCACUCACCCAGACAUCCGCAGGUACGCCGUGGCCAGGCUCAACGAAACUGAUGAUGAGGACCUUAUAUUAUACAUUCUGCAAUUGGUCCAAGCCCUCAAAUACGAAAACUUCCAAGAAAUUCAAAGCCAAUUCGAGAUGGAGUCGCUGAUGACGUUAUCAAUGGCGUCAUCAAACUUGACAACCAAUCAGAAUGCAGGAUUGGGAGGAGGUGGAGUCAACAGCACCAUGGGUAAGAUGAUGAGCCACUACGAAGCAAUUCCCGAACAGAAUGCCAAUGCUACAGCUAGCAAUCUGCCUUGUGAUAGGUCAUCACAGAUGGAUUUGGCUUCGUUCCUGAUACACAGAGCAUGUAAGAAUGCCAAGCUGGCAAAUUAUUUUUACUGGUACCUGCGUGUUGAAUGUGAGGACGAGCAGAGGAACGCUCCACAAGACGCCUACAUAUACAACAUGUACAGGACGGUCAUUGCCCGGUUUAUAAGGAUGCUUGCUAAGGGCUGCAGACAGUGGCAGCUGUUGAGAUCAUCCUUCGUGGCUCAAGAGCAAUUCAUCGAUAAGUUGGUUCAAGUCGUUCAGACAGUCGCCAGGGAAACCGGAAAUAGAUUUAGAAAGAUAGAGAAGUUACAAUCCCUGUUGAAAGAGCGGGACCAUCAUGGCAGAACGUUGGUCAGUUUCGAUCCCAUUCCAUUUCCGCUCGAUCCUGACGUCAUCGUUUGGGGGAUCGAUGUCGAAAGCGCUACAUUAUUCAAGAGCGCUCUAAUGCCCUGUCGCCUGACCAUGAAGACCACCACAUCCACCAAUUACAUUGCCAUCUUCAAAAAUGGCGAUGACCUUCGUCAGGAUCAAUUGGUACUUCAAAUAUUCCAGCUUAUGGACAAGCUUCUAAAGCGAGAAAAUCUUGACAUGAAAUUGACUCCCUACAAAGUUUUAGCAACCGCUAAUAAGCACGGCUUCGUGCAGUACAUAGAAUCGACGACAGUUCUCGAGAUCCUCUCAACGGAAGGCUCCAUCGUAAAUUAUUUAAAAAAACUAUCCCCACCGUCUUCGUCGUCAUCUUAUGACGUCAACAAUCCCACUGCAGCUGCGUCAUCGUCGUCGCUUCCGGCAAAUAUUCAUCCCGAGAUUUUGGAUAAUUAUAUCAGGAGCUGUGCCGGAUAUUGCGUCAUAACGUACUUGCUUGGUGUUGGUGACAGGCACUUUGAUAAUCUGCUCAUCACUAAGACAGGCAAACUCUUCCACAUCGACUUCGGGUACAUUUUGGGGCGUGACCCCAAAAUCCUCCCACCCCCCAUGAAGCUGACCAAAGAAAUGAUCGAACCCAUGGGCGGCGUGACCGGGGAGAAGUUCACGGAGUUUAAGCAACUCUGCUACACUACCUUCUUGCACCUCCGAAGGUCCUCCAGUCUGAUUCUGAACCUCUUCUCGUUAAUGAUUGACGCCAACGUUCCCGACAUUGCUCUCGAACCAGAUAAAACUGUCAAGAAGGUGUUAGACAGAUUCCAGUUAGAGUUAUCAGACGAGCAAGCCGUCCAGGUGAUGCAGAAUCUGAUCGAGUUCAGUUUGAACGCCACUGCCGCUGUGAUCAUCGAGCAGAUGCAUAAAUUUACCCAGGUUUGUUGUUUGGCUGGCUGA